AUGGCUCGAGAAUAUACAUUUAUUAUUUCUUGUAUUUUUGUGACGCUAUUUUUAUGUCAAUGGGUGUUGGCUUCCCAACAACGUUUAACUUUUCAGAAUUCUAAACACAUCCGACAUAAUAAUUAUUAUUUUGGUGCAGACCCUUUAGAAGCUUAUGGUGGAUUUGCAAAUUUUAAUUUCUCAGAAACACAGACAUUUCCUUCGGAACUUGCAGAUAAUAAUACAGUAAAAUGGUCAAGAAUUGAUACUAAUAGAGAUGGAAUAUUUAAUAGAAAUUCAUUUGGAUGGGUCAUCAACCAAUUUCAAACGUGGGCUAGAGGUUAUUUUGAAUUAUCACAAGAUAUCAUAAAUAUCAAAGACAUCAAAAAUAUAACAGAUAUCAAAGAAACAAUUCCAGUAUUAAUUCAAUGUCAUAAUAUUGGUGAUUUUUAUGUUAAUAAUCGUAGAUUAUUUGGAGAUUGGUAUGAUUAUAAAAAGUCAUGGCAUGUAUUACAUCUUCAACCUGGUAAUCAUGUUAUUAAUGUACGUUUGGUAAAUGAAAUUAGAAUAUUUGGAGAUAAGAUUCCACCAGAUUUUAAGUUUCAAUGUCAAAUUAGAAAAUUGAAUGAAAAAGAAAAAGUGAUGAUGAUAUUAAGUCAAACCAUUAUUGUACCAAAUUUGGUAAAUGGUCAUUUAGCGGGAAGAUUUAUAAGUAUCGGUAUAUUAAAUACUCUGGAGAAGGAAUGGAUCACGAUAUCUAAAGUUAUUGUAGUCAAUAGUAAUGUUAAGAUGACAACAUCAAUUGUUGAUACUAAUACUAAUGUUGGUUCAAUAUCGGGAGUAAGAAUUGCACCAUCACAACAUCGAAAUAUCAAAAUAUUAUUAAAUAUCAAUUCUUCAGUAAUCAUCGGGAACCCGGUAUCAUUUAGGCUACAAUUUACUGUAAUUUCUAAAUCCAAGAAACAAACUACUUAUUGGAUAAUGACCACAGAUUUAAUAACAAUUCAUCAUAAAUCUUUUGGAGAAUUUUAUAAAUUUACCUUUGAAGAUUUUGAUGGAACAGUCCAGUAUGCAAUGGCAUUACCUCCAAUAGAAUCAUGUCAUCCAGAAAAAUGUCCAAUAUUAGUUGCUUUACAUGGUUCAGGAGUUGAAGUUGAAUCUGAGUUUUGGACAUCUGCAUUCAAGAGACAACAAAAUGCUUGGAUUAUAUUUCCUACCGGGAGAACACUAUGGGGUUAUGAUUGGCAUGGACCAAGUUUAAAAAAUAUUCAGAAAGCAAUAGAAUAUUUUGUGACUUAUAUGCCAGGAGUUCCGGUGAAUAAAAAGUUGGAAAUUUUACCGAAUCCUGACAAAUUAUUUAUUUCAGGUCAUUCAAAUGGAGGACAAGGUGCAUGGUUCUUUAUGUCACAUUUCCCAGAAUCUAUAAUCGCUGGAAUGCCUGCUGCAGGAUUUUCAAAAAUUCAAAAAUAUGUACCUUAUUAUUGUUGGAAUAGUGAAUCACAUAUAGAUCCAAUUCUUAAAGGGAUUUUAGAAUCUUCAAUAGCUGAAUUCAAUAAUGAUCUUUAUUCUUCAAAUUUGAUACCCGAGAAAGGUCAUUGGUUUGAAAAUAUUAUGAAUGAUGAAUUGAUGCAAGCCUUUUUAAAUAAAUAUUUAAGUAUUUCACAUAAAAAUGAAACUUCUUUGACAUCAAAAUAUCCCAAGAAUUUUACCAUUGUAUUAAAUAAUCCAGCAAGUUUUGGAGGAAAGAAUGGUAUUUUUGUUGAACAAUUAAAGAUCCCAUUCCGACUUGGUAAAUUAAAGAUUGUUAUUGACGAUACAGAGUUUAACUUUAAAAAUUUACUUUUAAAUGGAUAUUUCAAAAAGAGCUCUAAAAAGAAUAGUUGGAAGUUUAGUAAAGAUAACAAAUGGAUUCAAAAGGAAAAAAAUCCAUCGACAUACGGACCUGCUCAUCAAAUACUUGAAUCUAAGCAAAUAAUAAUAAUUGUAAUUGGAACAAGAAAUGUUUCAGGUGUCAAAAGCAAAACCAACAAAUUUUUAGAAAUUGCUCAGGAAAUUGCACAUAGCUGGUAUCUUUAUGGUGGAGGAGAUUCAGAAAUUGUCUAUGAUCAUGAAUUGGUUGAUAAGAUAAAAAAUAAUGGACCUAUUAAUAAAUACAAAGGAAAUUUAAUAUUAUUGGGUUCAACAUAUGAAAAUUUUGUUACUAGAUUGUUAUUGAAGCACAAUAAAAGUGAAGUCAAAUUUUAUAAAAAUGGAUCAUUCAGUUUGAAACAUGUUAAAUUUUCUGAUCCAGAAAUAGCAGGAACAGAUGAAAAAGGUUUGGAUCAAGUCACCAGAUUAUUUCCAAAAAGAACUGGAGUGCCUAUACCUGAUUGGAUUAUAACUGGUCCUGAAACUUCUUGGAAAGGAGUCGGCGGAUUACUUGGAGCUGGAUUUUGGGAUAACAAAUGGAAAUUCAAUGACGCUAUUGGAUAUUUGACAUAA